AUGGAAAGAAUAAAUUCAUGUAUUUGAUUUCAUUAUUUUAUUAGAUUUAAAAGCUUGCGAUAUAUUUGCUUAAUCACCAUCCUUAGGUAUGAAUCAAUAAUCAAUAUAUUAAUCAAUAUUUGGUGGAUUUACAUCAAUAACAACAAUAUUUCUAGUGUUUCUCUUUUUCUCAAGCAAUUUUCUGGAUUAUUUAAAUGGAAAGAAUAUUAUAACAAAGUAAACUUAAAUCUAUGAUAAUAAUCUUUCUAAUCUUUAAUUAGAUGAUUAAGAUUUCAUAAUAGCAUUUGGAAUUGAAUAAUAGAACUUUUUAACUUAGCCUUAUUUUUCAGUCACUCUAUAACAAAGGUAAUUUAUUAUAUAUUUUAAAUAAGAGAAUAUUUAAGAUUAGAUAAUGGAUCAAUAUUAAAAAAUAUUACUUAACUUCCUUUAGAGCCAUGCAAAUUAGAAAGAUUUUAAACUGUAUUUCGAAAAUAUGGUAAAAAUUUUUCAUAAGAUUUUAAUCAUUUACAUUUAGAGAACUUAUUAUGUCCAAAGUAUUUAGUUUAUAUAAUAUUAUAGAAAUAAUAUCAGGAUGAAUAUUGGUGGUACAUUUGCAUGUAAAUUAAAUACGAUUAAUUAGCUAAUUAUUUUAAUUUUCUAAAAAUUGAAGUUUCUGAUUGCAAUCCAUCUUAAAUUUUAGAAAAUAGUACAUGUGCUUCAAAUGAUGAAUUAUAAAAUUAAUUAAAUUUAUCAGGAUCAUUUAAAGUAUAAGUAUAUUUAAUAAAUAAAGUAAGAUUUAAUAAUAUUAUAUUUAGGUAAUUAAUCCAAAUAAGAUUGGAUCAGAUUAUAUAUCUAUUUUUUUAGAUGAUUAAAGUUAUUUAUCAUUUGUUCCUAAGAAAUUAAAUAAGUAUGCAAAUAUUUAUUUUCGAGAAUAUUAGUUUAGAAAUAAUAUAGAUUUUUAUUCAAUUGAGUAAAUUUAAUUUUAUGAUAAAGUGAUAACUAAAAUUUAAAUUUUAUUUCAAUAGACAAUACUGAAACAAAAGAAGUAAUAGAUUUAGGAAGAGAAUAGGAUACAUCUUUUGCAGCAUUUUAUUUUAGAAAAAGUCCUAUUACAAUAUUUGUUGAAAGAAACAAUUAAAAUGUAACAGAUUUAUUAUCUAAAUUGGGUGGAUUAUUAUAAAUAUCUUUAAUAGUUAUGGGAUUUAUUAUAGCAGCAUAUAAUAAAUAAAAAAGUAAUGUUAUAUAUAAGAAUUAAGUGAUGGUAGAAUUGUCAAAUAAAAUUUAUGAAUUUAGUUAAGAUGUAGAUGAAUAAAAUAAAUAACAUUAAGUAAAUCUUGAAUUAAUUAAUAAUGUAUAUGAAGAUAGACAAUUUCGACAUGAAUAUUAUGUUAAUAAAGAAGGAUAAUAAUAAAUUAUUCCAAAUAGUUAAAUUAAACAUAAGAGUAAGAUAUUUAGACUCUUUGGUAAAGGUUAACCUGAAUAACAUAUUAUUUUGACUGAUAGACCUAUAACUGAAAAUAAUGAAUGUAAUAUUUAAUAUUCUUAUGAAAAUGAUGACAAGAGUAAUUAAUAUACAUAGUAAGCCAUAAAAGAUCAUGGAUAAUUGGCAUAAUAAUUAAAAUGUGUAAGUGGUUUAGAUUAUUUUAAAAAAUAAAUAAAUCUAAUUUUAAAUAGAUCGUAACCAUUAAGAUUUAAUAUAUCUAUAUUUCUUAAUUAAAUGUGUUUUCGAAAAGUCUUUUAAAAUUAAAAAUCAGUUUAAUUUUUCAAUUCUGCACUGUAUACUAUUAUUGUAUUUUAAUUUAAGUGAUAAAAUUAAUGAGCAAUUAGAUGUAUUUAACAUAAUUACAAAAUUAAAUGAAAUUGAAAAAAUGAAAGAAAUAUUAUUAAAUAAUUCAUAGUUACUAUUAUUCAAUUUUACAUCAAAACCUAUAAUUUCUUUAGAAGAAGAAAAAGAAAUGCCAUUCAAUAGAACUAUUUUAGAAGAGAAAGUUAGAAAUACAAUGUAAAUUUUAAUAUAAUUAGGAAUGAGACAAUAUGUGAUGAAAAAAAGAAAUAAAAAUUAGUAAAACGUAAAAAAAUAUAUAAAUAAUAUCGAAGAACAAUAAGUUUAGAUAAAGAUAUGAGGAUUUAUAAUAGGAUUUAUAGAGUAUUAUCAUUAUAAUUUUUUAGGCAUAUGAUACAAUACUUUAAUAAAGUUCAGAAUUAAAUCCAUAACAUGAAGUUAAUAGAAAAUUAAUAAAAAAAUUAGGAGAUGAAAUAUAGGCAAUCUUCAAAUUAUCAAAAUUACUUGAUUUUGAUGGAUUAAGAAGACUUAGGGCAAAUUCUAAUAAUGAUAUAUUCUGUCGAAAUACAUAAAAUGUACCAGAUGAUAUGUUAAGUAAAUGAUUGAUCUUAUAUUUAUAAUAAAUUAUUAAUGUAAACAUUAAAAUGGGGUAUUAUUAUAUAAUUAGUCAGGUUUAUAGAGAGUUGAUGUUUUUGGCUAGAUUGUAUUUCUUCGAAUGAAUAAAUAAGCCUAUUAUCGUACAAAAAUUGGAGGAAGUUUUUCAGUUGCAGUGCUUUUUAUUAUGAUUUAUUUUUACUCUUAAAGUCUUUCAUCUUUCUUUUUGAAAGAAUAUUUGAAAGUUGUUUCAUCAAAUUAAUAUGAAGACUAAAUAUAAAAGAUAUAAGUUGACAAUUCAGAAUUCAUGUUUGCAUUUAAAAUAGAACAAAAUAACUUUACAACAUCACCUUAUUUCAAUUUAACACUAGAAUAAAAGUAGUUUUUAUUAAUAAUUUAAGGCAAUAUAGAAGAAAUUAAAAUGGAUAGUAAAUUAAAAGCUCUAUCAAUUUUCCAUUGAUUCCUUGUACUUUAGAUCGGUUUUAGAAUGUAUUCUCUAAAUAUCAAAAUGAUUUUAAAGAAUAAUUCAAUAUUUUAGGAAUGAAUGAUUUUCUAUGUCCUGAGUAAAAAUAUAUUCAAUUAAUAGAUAAAACACAACUUUAACUAUGGGAGGUACAUAUACAAGUAAAUAUAAAAUAUAAUGAAGGUAGCGAUUUUUAAUUUUUUACAUUAUAAAUUACAAAAUGUUAAAAUAAUGAAAAAGUAAAAUGUGCAUCACAAUAAGAAAUAGAUGAAUAUUUAUAAACAAUGGGAUCAUUUAAAAUUUCAAUCUAUACAAUUAAUUAAGUAAUUUUUAUAUUUCAAUAUUAAUAGAUAAUAAAUCCAUAUAAAUAAUAAUAUAGAUCUGUUUUUUUAGAUGAUUAAAUAUAUUUUACAUUUGUUCCUCAUUAAAUAAAUAGAUAAGCUAAUAUUUAUUUUAGGAAAUAUGAAUUUUUAAAUGAUUAAAGUUUAAUGCCUUUUAGGUAAAAUUUAAUUAUUUUCUAAGUGAUAUACAAGAAGAUACUGUGUAUCAAAUUGAUAAAACUGAUAUUAAAGAAAUGUCUGAUAUUGGAACUUCAAGUGAUUUGAUAUAUGGAACAUUUAAUUUUUAACUUAAUCCAUUUAAAACAAAAUUUGUAAGAAAUUAUCAAAAAAUUGAUGAAUUACUUUCAAAUUUAGGUGGAAUUCAAUAAGCUUUUUUCUUUUUUAUUGGUUUAGCUAUUGGUCUUUAUAAUAGAAUUUAAUGUAAAUGAAUAAAUUAUUAAAGUUUUAAUUGAAUUAGCUAAUAAAUUAUUUGAAUUUUAAAUAGAUUCUUCUUUGCAAAAUAGAUAACAUUAAGAAAAUUUGGAACUUAUUAAUGAAUUUAUGUAACACAGAGAAAAUCAUAUUCAUGCAAAUUCAAAUGAAAAUAUAAAUGAAUUAGAUAAUUUAUAAGUUGAAGAUAAAUUAUCACCCAAUAUAUCUUAAAGAUAUAAUUUAUUAAAUUUAUUUGUAACUACAGGUGGAACUUAAACAAAAAAUUCAACUAAAAUAAAAUCAACUAAAGAUGCUAUUAGAUAAUAAUAUAGGAUGGCUGAAAAAUUAAAAUAGAUAACAGGUUUAGAUUACUUUUAAAAAUAAAUUAUUAAUAUAAUUGAAAGAUAGAAACCAAUUUACUUAGAUUUUUUAAUAUUCUUUAAUUAUAUUAGUUGUGGAAAACUAUUUAAAAAUAACCCUAGAGUGAUACUUAUGAAUAAAGCUUUGUAUUUAUGAUAUAUAAUUUAAAAGUGAAAAUCUAUUAGAUUAAUUGGAUGUCCAUCAUAUCCUAUUAAAAUUAAAUGAAUUAGACAAAUUAAAAGAAACAGUAUUAAAUUAUAAAUAGUUACUUAUGUUUAAUUUCACACCUAAACCAUAAAUAAAUUUAGAAAAUAAUACAGCUUAACCUUCAAGACAAUUAAUUGAAUAAAUAGUUAAGAGUCCAGGAAUAGCAGAUAAGUAUUAUUAUUAUAUAGAUUUAUUUAGUGAAGAUUCAAUGCAAUUAGUUAAUUACAAAUAAAUGUAUAGAAAUUAAUUUAAUUUAUUUGGGGAUUACUUAAUUUAUUCUAAAAUAUUUAAUGUAUAUUAAAUAUUAUAUUAGGCAUAUGAUGAUAUUCUUCAAUAAAGUGAUACAAUUUAUACAAAUAAAGCUCUUAUUUAAAAAUUAGGACCUGAAUUAUAGGUUGUAUUUAAGUUAUCUAAACUUAUUGAUAUACAACAUAAAAUAUAUAAUAAACAACGUAAUCCAACAAGAAGAGGAGCUAUGUAAGAAGAUGAAGAAGAUCUAUGUGUAAAAAUGUUUGAUUAAUAAAGUUAAUGA